UUUUUGACUGUAAGAUGUGUAAUUUAGGACACAGAGGUUGGAAGUAGAUGGUCUUGAAGGUCCUUUCCAAUGCAAGCCUUUCUAUGAUUCUGCAAUUCCACAAUUCUGUGCGAUUGGGAUUAGGAGGUGCACCACGGUCCGGGGAACAGGAUGGUUUGGUGGGUUUUGAGCAGUGCAGGAGGGCACUUGUCCCAGUUUUGCUGGUCUCACGCUGCUGUAGAUGUGGCUCUUGGGGAUAUGGUCUAGUGGACAUGGCUUGAUGGCUUAGAUUUUGAUAAUCCUGGGGGUCUUUGACACCUUUAAUGAUACCACGAUCCCUGUGUCCCGUAGGUCUGUCGAAGAUGCACUGGUCACCAGAGCAUGCCCAGUCCCUGAACCAGUGGCCAGAGCAGCACCUCGACGUCUCCUCCACCACCUCCUCACCAGCCCACAAGUCCGACCUCUACCCCAGCACCCGCCAGCGCUUCAACUACGCCUGGGCCAACGACGACAUCUCAGCACUCACCGCCUCCAACCUCCUCAAGAGGUACGCCGAGAAGUACUCGGGGGUGCUGGAUGCACCCUACGAGCGCCCGGCGCUGAGCGGCUAUGGGGAUGGUGCCUUCGGGCCCGUUAACGGGCAGAAAGGGGACGGUGAGCCCUGGCCUGUGCCUCACAGCUCCGACGGCGCCUACCCACUGACCCCCAUCCACGAUGGCCUCUCCGGUGCCAAGGCCGUGGUGCCGCCCGCCGUGCCGGCUGGAAGCGCUCCGCUGGGGCUCGCCGGCUCCCCGGUGGUGUCGGCCAACCUCGCCGAUCCCAUCUAUGCUGGGAAUUCAUGCGGAGCAGCGGCCGGCUCCGGCGGGCUGGGCUCAUCUCAGGAGUACCCUGCGGGCUACGGCAGCACCUACUUGCCCUCUGGCUACUGCGGCCAACCCAGCACAGCACUUCCUCCUCCGCACCCGCCCACCCUGCACAGCUCGGGGCUCCUGCAGCCCACGCACCCCUCAUCCGCCCUGGUGCCGGGCUACGGUUCCUCCGGCCCCGUCUACAACUACGCCUCAGGCAGCUACGCCACACAGCCGGGCUACGGAGCCAUCCACCCGCCCCAUCCCUCCGCCUCCUACCUGCCCUCAGGCAUCGCAGCCCCCACCCCGCUGCCGGCCCCCGGGCCCACCACUCGCCCAUCUGUGGUGCCGGCUUAUGGCUACCAAGCCGCCGGGUUGGCUUCGUUGGCUGUGCCGCCCUUGGGCACCGAGGCGACGGGCGCCUUGAAGAGGAAAGCUUUCGAUAUCUCCGGUGGGGAGGAUGAAGCAGAGGGCAGAUAUCGGAAAUACAGCUACGAGCAGCCAAAGUCCCCCUACCCCAUGUCGGACAACGGCGAGUGCCGAGGGAACGGCUUCCCCAGUGCCAGCAAGCGGCCGGCGGGCGGCGCUGAGGAGCACAGCAGUAAAUAUGGUGGGCAGGCGAUGAAGAGCGUGGUCUCACCGCCCUACGGAGCUGGGGAUGCCCCACUGCGACCCACAGAGUCCUUUGAGAAGUUCAGCCCUCCCCUUGCCAACGGGGAGCGGGCGGCCGAGCCGGGACACCCCUUCCCGUUGAGGCUGCCACCCAAAGCGCCCAUCUUCAGCAGCCAAACAGUGGAGGAGCAACCCAAAAACGUUGACCCACUGGUGUUGGAGUUGGUCAACACCAAGAUCGUGGAGCGCGGGCCGCCCGUGCAAUGGACGGACAUCGCCGGGCAGGUCUCCAUCAAGGCAGCCAUCGAGGAGGAGCUGGUGUGGCCCAUCCUGCGACCCGGUGCGUAUACUGGGGCCAGCAGGCUGCCCAGAACCAUCCUCCUGUUUGGGCCCCACGGCACUGGGAAGACCCUCCUGAGCCGCUGCAUCUCCACCCAGCUGGGCUCCACGCUGCUGAAGCUCAGCGCCGCUGCCCUGCUCACCACCUGGAAAGCCGAAGCCGAGAAGAUCCUCCAGACCGUCUUUUUUGUGGCCAAGUGCCGGCAGCCCUCGGUGGUGCUCAUCAUGGAGGUGGAAUCCUUGCUGGUGGCCCAGGAUGGCGGCCAGGCUGGAAACCUCAAGUCGCAGCUCCUCUCCUACCUGGACAAUGUAGCUACCUCGACCGAGCAGAACGUGGUCAUCAUAGGGACCACCUCACGGCCCGGCAGCAUGGACGAAGCUUCCCACCGGCGCUUUGCCAAACGUUUCUACAUCUCCCCACCGGACAGCAUCGCCCGGAGGCAGAUCCUCCAUCACGCCCUGGCUCAGCAGAGCUCCUGCCUGAGCGAGCGGGAGAUGGCAUCCCUGGUACAGCACACCGAGAGCUUCUCGGGCAGCGAGCUGAUCCAGCUCUGCCAGCACGCUGGGGCCACCACGCUGCAUGGCCUGCCGGGUCAGAUCCAACCCACCUCCUACAAGGACUUUGAGAAGGCCUUUUGCAAGGUCCGCCCCGCCGCCUCGCAGAAGGAGCUGGACUUGUUUGCUGAGUGGGAUAAGAUGUACGGGUCCAGGCACUGACCGGGAAGACCCGGCCACAACCAACAUACCUCUUUCUUAGGGUUUCUGAUAGGACUGGGCUUUUUUGGUCCUUUGUUUUUCUGAAGCAGUCGCUCGUUGAACUCAGGAUAACCUAUUUAUUGUUCACCCGCCUCCCCUUGCAGCCGUUUCCAGACAGUAGAACCAUAGGAGCAUAGAACCAUAGGAGCAUAGAACCAUAGAGUUGGUUGAGUUGGAAGGGAACCCGAAGGGUCAUCCAGUGCAACCCCAUGCAGUGAGCAUCCACAUCUUGGUCAUAGAACCGUAGAGUUGGUUGAGUUGGAAGGGAACCUGAAGGGUCAUCCAGUGCAGCUCCCAUGCAGUGAGCAUCCACAUCUUGGUCAUAGAACCGUAGAGUUGGUUGAAUUGGAAGGGAACCCGAAGGGUCACCCAACUCCAACUCCUGUGCAGGGGCCAUCCGGAUCUCAGUCAUAGAACCAGAGAAUUGUUGAGUUGGAAGAGACCCUCAAAGGUCAUCCAGUGCAACUCCCAUGCCACGGACAUCCACAUCCCCAUCAUAGAACCAGAGAAUUGGUUGAGUUGGAAGGGACCCCUAAGGAUCAUCCAGUGCAGCCCCCAUGCCACGAACAUCCACACCUCCAUCACAGGACCAUAGAAUCAGUUGAGUUGGGAGGAAACCUUCAGGGUCAUCCACUCCAACUCCUGUGGGCACCCGCAGCUCGAUGGCGUUGCUCAGAUGCAAUGAGCAGAGCUGAAAACACGCCACAAUUAAAGCUUUCUGUGGAUGGAUGGAUGCACCAGUCCCUGUGCCUGCGUGCAGAGGUUUUCCUUCCUCUCACUUUUUCCCAACCAAAGCAUUGACCACAGCGAUGGAGGAAGCGGCACAGGGAAGGGGGAGGUGGGGGGACCACAGAACCCAGGGCUUUGGAGUAAAAUGCUGUAGAUUGUUUAAUAUACUAGACUUGGUUUUUAUUUUUGU